AUGGGGACCGAGGACUCCAGAAUAGAUCCAGGAGAUCCUCAAGUGUCCCAUCGAUCGACACUCGUCGCUAAGCUGUCACUAGAAUCAGUGCGUUAUCUAAGAAUUAAUAUUCCAAUCGAUCGGAAGAUAGUGUGUAACAAAGUGACCCAUGAUAUUCAGAGUUUGAAGAAAGGCUCUUCUGGACCCGAGUCAACCCUGUUGGACCCCAGGAAAAGGGUGGACACCCCUAAAACACCCAGAGAGGAGAAGAAAACCCCGGAACCUUGGAAAAGUGUCACCAGUCGAGUGGCCAUUCAGGAAGGCCGUAACUACAUCAAUCUGCCAAACUUUCAAGUUCAAUUGCGCUGAUAAUGCGAAUAGCAGUCUUAUAGAGUCCAUCCUAGCCACUGGAGCGAAAGUUUGUUGAUAGUCGACUCCAUACUUUUGGCUAUAACCCUUGGCAACAAUUCGGGCCUUCCUGCGCGCAAUUGAUCCAUCGGGGUUAUACUUAUUUAUUCAAAACUGUCCGACAUCCAACUGUCUUCUGAGAAUCAUCCUUUUUAAUAAUUUGAAAGGUGUUGUUGGACACAAGACU